AAGCACUUGUCUGCAGUGGGUCGCUGAGACUAUCGAAGAGUGUGGCAGAGUGAAAAUUAAGUUCAUCCAAGAGAGGUAAAUCUGAAAUUUAAUCAAUGAAAAAAGAAACUUUAUUAACAUAACGUAAAGUAAUAAUUAUUGGAAAAUAGACUAAAGCGGUUAAUACGGGAGUUUUUGACCCUCUUUAGUCGAAAAAAAAAAAGACUUUGUCAUUUGCAUGAGGGCAGGAAAAACAUUUCAAGUCUCCACCCAAACAAUUGAGUUCACAUAUAUGUUAACGUCAUAAAGCAAAACACCUCUCUUAGUUAUUGUACCUGCAUUUCAGUUGUCUGCACACUAAUCUGUCUGAAUACGUUUUGCCGACGGUGAAGGGCUUUGAAAUUAUUUUAAUCGCCUUUACUUGAUUUGCUCUAACCUAAGAUCUUGCUUUUCGUCAUGAGCUUCUCUGCUUCUGUUCAUUAGAAAAAUCGUAACAUUAUUUCUUACGUUUGAAUAUUGACAAUUCAUUCGCAUUUUGAUUUAAGUUGGUUAUUUUUACUUUUAGUCUGUAAAACCAACGGAUCGAAGGCGAUGAUGGGACUUUCAAACACAAGAGAGGUCAGCUUUGGUCUUCUAAUGAGAAUAGCUCUCUUGACCAUUAUCCUCUGCGGAAAGUCUCACGGUUUUCAAAGGCAAGUAGGACGUACUUGGAUUUCUAACAAACAUCCUCACUGUGUAAUAAGCAAUUACUACCGAGAUUAAUUAUUAAUACCUGCCUUUACAGCCAUGGUUACUCGAACUGUUAGAAUGAGCUCGUUUUUCUUUAAGUCGGAAGGGAGGAGAGGAAAAGUAAAACCACGGAAUAGAAGGUGGGGGGGGGGGGGAUUGUGGAAUUUCGCUUUCCUAUACAGGAAGACUCUGUAAAUGCAGUAACAGAUUCUUUGCAAGGUAUUUGAAUGAGUUGACCGGCACUGGGUGCAACCCGUUAUCAAAUUAAUUUCUCGCCGUUUUCGCUCAUCUCGUGAAUCAUUUUUACGCAGGACUGAAUCUUUUGCUUCUACUGACCAGCAGUUAGCGAAGGACCUACGACAUUUACUGAAUAAUUAUGAUUCUCGAAUCAGGCCAAAUUACACAGGUAAACACUUAAACUACUUUUUUUCUGUUAAUUCUAAGGCUUUAAUGCUUUGCCUAUAUUUUCAUUCGAUGAUUGAGAGAUGCCUAGCUUAAGGUAAUAGUGGCUGAACUUCAAAUCUGAACGAAGAGGUCGGUGAAAUCAAGUCAUAUUAGUGGUUAUUGAAUUGUUUUCUUCAUAAAGAUUGUCUACACGUUCAAAAAAUCUGCGGCAGAGUAAUAUUUCAUCUGGAAGGUAGAAAUUUUGCUACUUUAAACGAAAAUCAAAAUAACAACUUAGGUUAAUAUUUUCAAGUUUUUUUAAAGAUAGAUUUUAAAAGCCAAACAACAACAAAAUUUACCCGUGAUAGCGUCAACGUUUCUAUCAAUCCUGAGUAAAUUCGACAUAAAAAUAGCACCAGUUAUAAUCCUCAUGGUUUUACAAAAGGUUCAGAAAAGGCAGUGAGGAAAUGUUCAAACAGGUCUUUAUCCGCUCGCGUAAAACAUGGUUUUACGUACCUUUCGAAAGGGUAGACAUUGUAAUAAAGACACAGAUUAUCCGUGAUUCGGUGCAACCCAAACAGCUUGCUGUUCAUUUCACCUCAGUUAAGUUGACUUUCAUUUUGUUGCAGGUCGUCCAGUCGAAAUCCUUGUUGAUUUCUCGGUGGCGUCCUUUGCAAAUAUCAGAGAAGUGGAAAUGGUAAAUAUGCAGUCAGUGGAAUUUUAUGGUAUCGAGCGAUUUACUAUAGUACCUGAACAGCUGCCUGUCUUUACCUUUUCGCCUCUUAAAAUUCUCAAAUUGACCUUAAUUGGUAUUAAAAAGAGAAUCAUUCUCCUGGAAUACCAAGAAAAUAUACAGGAAUAUAUGAAAAUAAAGGAGACACUCGCCAUGUUUCGAGAUUUUUAAGGGAAACCUAACAUUUUGAAAUUAAACCUUAAAUCUGAGAUGCGAAAAUUUUGGCCACGUGUACACUACAAAUACGAGAGGAUAUUAACUAAUAAUACAAAAAUCAAAAGAAAAAAACAAACAAACAAAGCAAAAAACCUCAGAUUAACAUUUUGGGAGGUGCCACUAUGGAAGUCAAGCUUCUUAAAACAUUCCUUCUGGUAUGUGGAUAGGAUUCUCAACUGAAAUCGUUUCACUCAGCCAUCAAACGUCUCUAUGAACUUGCUGAUAAUUGGAAUAGAUUCGAAAUCUAAAAGCAAAGGCCAAAUUAAAGAUUUCUAUUAUUCUAUUGAAGCACUGGUGGUUCAGUGGUAGAAUUCUCGCCUGCCACGCGGGAGGCCCGGGUUCGAUUCCCGGCCAGUGCAAAAUUUUGGAGUUAGUCAGAAGGUAUUAUUGCGGUCAAAAUUUAGCUCCUGUUUUUCGAAAAAUUUUCUAUUGCAUAACCGUUGAAUGAUCAAUGUCGAGGAGGUCAGAGCUACAAACCUUUCCAGAAAACCUUUGCAGGUCAUAAUAAAAGACCUAUCGUAACUGUACAUAUCGAACAACCACGGGCAAGCUUUCAGCCAAGUUUUUGCUACUGUUUACUGUUUAUUUGGUAACUGGGAAAGAAGAAGUGCAAGGGGAACGUGUUUUUCGAAACAACAACAAAGCUUCGAGCCAUGAGCUUUAACUUUGCGUCUGCUUGGUUGAGAGAGGCACAAGUUUUUGUCUUCAAAUCACGUUCGUGUAAAAGGUUAAAACUAAAUAAUACAAUCGAGGACAGAUGUCCACACUCAAUAUUACAUUUUAUUUAAUAUGAUGCUGUAUCUUCAGGAAUUUGGACUGGACAUGUUCUUCCGCCAACGUUGGCAAGACAAGAGGCUCAGUCAUAAUAUGACAACGAUGAUGACCCUUACAAUGGGGACGAAACACCCAGCAGACUACAUCUGGGUUCCAGACACAAUGUUUGUAGACGCUACUAAAUCUUACAUGCACAAUGUCCUUGCUACAAAUCACAAAGUGGAUAUUUCUGCAAAAGGAGAGGUAAACUGGGGAACAAGGUAUGUCCUGUGUAACUUUACAUGAAUAUGCCUCUUUUCAAGAGCGAGAGCUCACUCAUUCUGGCGCUACCUGGCAUGGCACUGUAGAUCUCUGGUUGAAAUUGUAAUUCAGAUAAUGAAAUACUACGCCGUAAUGAUAAUUUUAAAGCUACUAGGUUCCUUCUUGGGCAUAUUUCAGUUCCAGAAUCGACGUCUUUUGUGCCUCCACACCUUUACAAUACGAACUGAAAUGUUGAAAAAAGAAUGAAAAGAAAAAGAACUGUUUAUGGAGACGCAUUGACUUAGCGGUUAACACGUUGGACUCUAGGCCGAGAAGUCCUGGUUCGAGACUUAGUCACUGUACUUCCGAAGCACUUCUCUUCAAUUUGGAGUAUAAAUGGUCAUAAAUGGAUUCACUAACGAACUGUCAUGGAAAGCUGACGAAAUACCUAAGGGAACCUGCCAUGAACUAACAUCUCAUCUAAGGGGGAGAUAUAACACUUCCAGUGACCUUAUGUUACGGACCUUAUGCCACGGAAACCGGGUGAAGCUGAUAUGAUCAUGACUCAAAAAAAGUAUCCAUCGCCAUGCAAAGCAGGUUUUUCGAACUGGGCAAGAAUGGUGGCCCCUCUGCCUUUAUUGACAUUUUCUUGUUUAGCGGUUGGAUGGAAUAAGUUAUUCCUAUUCAGUGAAAGCUACUAAGUACCUAUCCGAAUCCCACCACAUGGCAUGGAAAUAUGAUAAAGAUGACAGAUCUGACGCUUUUCUUGUCCUCUUUUAUUUCAGAGCAACUCUGACAGCAAGGUGCCACAUGAAUUUCCGUACAUUUCCCAUGGAUGAACAAACUUGCUCCCUAAGUAUUGUGAGCUGUAAGUGCUCCACAGUUUUUACGAUUAUUGGUAGUGUGCGUGACUGACAAGAAAACAGGAGUAGAUUGGAACGCGAGGACCCGAUGAUGGGGUGAAUUUUCCCCACCUUUCCCAUCGAACCAAAUCGGACAGAAAACCUGAAAUUACGUAAAAUCGGUGGUUUGACUCAGUAACAUCGUUUUUUUUUUUUUUUUUGCUUUUGUUUUUUUUUGUUUUCCUUUUUUUCUUCGAUGUUACCUCACUAAAUAUCGUAGACCGUGGAAUAUGAGCUUCAAACCUUUCUGAAAUGAAAACGGAUCAGGCUACAAACAAGGACGUCUUUCCGUAUAAUAAUAAUUUUCAUAACUAAAUGCAUUUUUACAGAUGCCUAUCCUACGAACCAUCUAAUUUUCACCUGGAAGUCCAACCCAGGGGUCAUUGUCUUGGACAAGGAAAUGGCGCAGUUUUACAUGACAAACAUGACUACCGCUGAACAACGAGUCCAGUACGUUGCUGGUAAGUCAAGUCAUAGGGCGCAUCGAAGCUGUUCGGGUGCGCAGGCACGCUCGUCGCCAGCGUUUACUCUCUUUCAAAGCUUUUUUAGUAACUUACACAAAACUUUAGGAAAAUCAGAAAAUAAAUCUCUGGUGGUAUAUUAUCAUGGAGCAUUUCUAAAUUUAUAGGAAUAUUUUCAUCUCGACGUUCUAACAUACAUCUCAUCCAGUGAAUGGUUUUUCGUGAGCAACAUGAAACAGGGAGAGUUCUAGAACUCAGCUUCACACAUUAGAGUGCCAGGAUAUAGUCAUUAUUGCCGGGUGGUCGGUAAGGCGAAACUUAGUUUAGUUUUGUUAAAAUAACGCUAAAGAAACCGCAACAGACAAAGUAAGACAUCACAUAAAAAACAGGUAAAAUGUGCGAAGCCCGGGAAAACGCGAUUGACUCACGAGUCGCAAUUGGUUUUACUCGUUCUUAAUCCGAUUGGUCGAGUAGGUAGAGCAAGAAGUUUAGACCAAUCGUAGAGAGAGAAGCAAUCUUGACCUACUUUUCUCCCUUGACAAGUUAUCUAAUUUCAUGAAUUCAUUUUUCUAUUCCAACCAGGGGAGUAUUCAGUUCUUCAGGCGACUUUCACAUUUAAAAGAAGGAUGGGUUUUUACUUGAUACAGAUUUACGUCCCUUGUAUAGCAGUGGUGUUUGUGGCCUGGAUGUCCCUGUUCGUCGACAGCAAAGCCACCCCUGCCCGGGUGGGGUUGUGUAUCACGACUCUUUUGACAGUCGCUACCAUCUGGGGCUCUGUCAACUCCACUAUGCCAAGAGUUUCGUAUGUGAAAGCUAUCGACAUCUAUCUCAUGACAUCUUUCUUCUUCGUUCUGUGCACCAUGUUGGAGUACAUUAUCUUGAUACACAAGGGAAGGGCAAAGGUAUUGAAAAGGCACUCAUACUAAGCUUGUAAAUUCGUGUAAUUAUAUUAAACUGCGCGUGCUUACUUCGUUUUACUACUGCGCACGUUGAUGGCAUGAAUGUGCGUGAUAGAUCAUAACAUAAGGAAUUUCUUUAAGCACCGCGUUAAUAUCUUAUGGACAAUUAUUUCUUACCUCAGGUGUGCGUUCAUUGAGAUUUGAAGCGUCUAGUAGGUUUGGAGAGCACUCAUAUAAAUCUUUCAACUUUAGAAGCGUGUUAUUAUCGAAAGUAAAGUUUUGCAUUGAAAUUUUCUCUAUCUGAUAUUUCCAGAGGAGUAUUUUAUUGCUCAAGGCACCAUUUCUACAGAAGGAUAAUCUGCAAGAAACUUACUGCAGUUUGACAAGUGAUUACUCGUGCUAUAGAGGUGGGCUGUAUUCGAUGGAAGAAGCACAGACUCACUCGCCAUGCAAAGAGUCUCCAAAGGAUACUUCAUCGCCACCAGACAGCAAAGAAAUCAAUUCCAAAGACGUGGAAAUUAUAGCGAGGAUAGCUUUCGUCAUUGCUUUCACAAUUUUUAAUCUAGUUUAUUGGAUUGUCUUGGUGUAUUUUGUAUGAGUGGAGAACAAGUUUUCAUGCCUUGGAAGUAAGGGCUUGGUUUGCGGAUAGAAAAUGCUUCUCUUUUAUCACUUUUACCAGCUCACACUUACCGACCAAUUUUUCACGCGGGAAGAAAUAUUCGGAGUCACCUCAGCCAUAACAAUAAAUUGAAAGUGUAAAAAGAAAGGAAGCCCGAAAAACAAACCAACAAAAGAUCGGUCUUUGUUUAUGAUCGUACAUCUCCCGAAAUAUCCGAUUUCAGAGAGGAAGCCACCAGAGAGGUAGCUGUGUCAGAACUUCAAAAAUAUCUUCGGAACUUCCUCGGGCUUCUUCGGAAAGGAUCGGGUUGUAUCAAAUCAACUUAAAAUGAGCUAAUGAAGAUAAGCAAAUGAUUCCUAUAACUGUAUAAAUGUGUAAUAACUAGGUCACUAAGCUGAGUGAACGGUGGCUUGACGUGGGCCUCGCGGAAUGUUAAGCUCUUAAGUCGUGCUAGUAAAACUUUUUAUGAUAUCAUUUGACUAUGACUUAUUUCACUUUUUUGUAACGUGAAGGUUUAGUAAAAUUUUUCUCUACCACGGUGAGAUAAAGACUUUUUAAACCCCUAAUUUCGACGAACCGCUGAAAAAAGAAAGGUUUCGGCGCAGAUAUGACUACUGUGGCCUGCGCGAAUGAUUUA